AUGCCCCCCAGUCCUCGUAGUUCGCAAAACAAUCGGCUGCCGGAUAUUACGGAGAAUUCAGCGGACACAUUGGUCUACGACCGUGAGAUAUUAAAUAUUGGAAGUUCUGAUUUCAUCCUGAUAGACGAGGUGAGCGAUAACGAGGAAAACAAUUUAAAGACUUAUUGUACAAAAAUUACGGACAAGACUAAAUCGGCAUUCCAGCGCAAAAACAUACCUAAACGGUUACCAUUUCUGCAAUGGUGGCCGAUUUACACGAAGGAAGAUUUUAUUGGAGACCUUCUAGCUGGCAUCACAGUUGGUCUAACACUCAUACCACAAUCCAUGUCAUUCGCAGCUCUUGCUGGUCUACCACCUCAAUACGGUCUAUACAGUUCGUUCAUCGGAAGUUUGAUGUACGUCUUUAUAGGGACUUGCAAAGAAGUUCCCAUGGGUCCGACGGCCAUCGUGUCGCUAAUGACGUAUAAUACGCUCAACGGAAGAGGGCCAGUGUAUGGGACGCUGCUGUGCUUUUUGACGGGAGUCAUUCAACUGGUCAUGGGAAUAGUGGGAUUAGGGUUCUUAAUCGAUUUUAUUUCCGGGCCGGUAAACGCGGGAUUCACGUCGGCUGUCGCUAUACUCAUCGUCGUGUCCCAAGUCAAAGACAUAAUCGGCAUACGCGCUGUGGGUUCAACUCUGUUCGACAUGAUUAAAUCUCUGUCUAAAGAUAUAGGUAACUUUCGAGUUGGAGACAUAAUACUUGGAUCGGUGUGUAUCAUUGUGAUUUUGUUGUUAAGAAUGUUAGCUUUGAUUCACGUGGGCCCUAAGGACGACAGCGAACGGACAAAAGUUCAGAAAAUUAUCAACCGAAGCAUGUGGUUGAUUGGCACUUUUAGGAAUUCAAUCGUCAUCAUCGUGACCACGUUUAUUGGAUUCAUUUACGUGAAUUCGUCGGGCCACGAUGUGACAUCUAAUGAAUUUCCACCUAUACCGUUUAAAGUGAUCGGAAAAAUUCCACCAGGUUUGCCGAAUUUCGAUUUUCCAAAGUUUAGCAUUACGAGAAACAACGGAACCACAGCCGGAUUCUUUGAGAUGGUUUCAGACAUGGGUUCUGGAGUUAUUGUCUUACCAAUAAUAGCAUUAAUUGAAAACUUAUCCAUAUGCAAAACAUUUUCUUUGGGAAAACCUAUUGAUGCUACACAAGAGUUGGUGGCAAUUGGUUUGUGUAAUAUCGGUAAUUCGUUUUUUCAUGCAUUACCAGGUUCGGGUUCUUUCUCUAGAAGUGCCGUGAAUGCCGCCAGUGGCGUACGAUCACCAAUGGGAGGUUUAUAUUCUGGAAUUUUGGUCAUUGUAGGUUUAUUAUUCUGUACACCUUAUUUUUACUAUAUACCGAAAUCGGCUCUUGCGGCGAUUAUUAUUGCUGCGGUCAUAUUCAUGGUGGAAAUUCGUGUUGUUAAACCAAUUUAUCGAUCAAAAAAAAGCGAUCUUAUACCUGGUCUAGGAACGUUUUUCGCCUGCUUGUUAUUGCACAUGGAAAUAGGGAUUUUAAUCGGCGUUGGCUUAAAUUUGAUAUCGAUUCUUUACCACGCGGCAAGACCUAAACUUUCAAUUAGAGUAAACACGACUAGGGGCGGCAUUAAUUAUCUGAUGAUGACUCCAGACAGAUGCUUGAUAUUUCCAUCAGUCGAUUAUGUGAGAAACAUUAUCAUUAAACACAGCUUGAAACAAAAUUUACCAGUAGUCAUUGAUUGUUCGCAUAUAUACGGAGCAGAUUUUACUGCUGCCAAGGUCAUAGAAUUGUUAACUAUAGAUUUUUCACGGAGAGGUCAGUUGUUAUUUUUUUAUAACCUGAAACCAAGCUUAGUAAAUGUUUUCGAGGGAGUUCGUCCAAAAGACUUCAACAUUCGAUUAUUCUAUGAGAGUCGAGAAAUCGAUCAACUUUUGCACAAACAUAUGAUAGUAAACAGCAAUGCGGAGGAUUGAGAAUUAUUUAAAUAACUUCAAUAUAAGAUAAUUGUGAUGACAAUUCCUAAGCUCAAAUAUUGAUCGAUUUAUUACGACUGCAUGAAAAAUUAUUAUCAUUGGUAUUCAUGAAUUGACGAUAAUCAUUUAAUGGAUAUUCCGAAAUUAAAACAUAUUACACAACUUACAACUGCG